CCGGCGCCCCGCCGCCCCGGGAUCAGGGGGAGGGACGCCGGCCCCUCUGGCCGCGGGCCGCUCCGCCCCGUCGGUUGGUCCCGGUCUGUCCGUCGGUGCGUCCGGGCCUCCGGCUUCGCCCUCGCCAUGGCGCCCUGGCUGCUGCUGCUGUCGCUGCUGGGGUUGCUCCCCGGCGCCUCUCCCGCCCCGCCCCACCGAGCAGCCGACGCUCGGGCCCGGGAGGCGGCGUACCCGGAGCUACUGGGGCCCGCCCGCUUCGCCCUGGAGAUGUACAACCGCGGCCGGGCUGCCGGGACGCGGGCGGCGCUGGGGGCCGUGCGCGGUCGCGUCCGCCGGGCGGGCGAGGGGUCCCUGUACUCCCUGAAGGCGACCCUGGAGGAGCCUCCCUGCAACGACCCCACGGUGUGCCAGCUCCCGGUGUCCAAGAAAACCCUGCUCUGCAGCUUUGAAGUCCUGGAUGAGCUGGGAAGACACAUGCUGCUGAGGCGGGACUGUGGCCCAGUGGAUACCAAGGUUACAGAUGACAGAAAUGAGACUUUAAGUUCAGUCCUUCCACUGUUGAACAAGGACCCCCUACCCCAGGAUUUUUCUGUGAAGAUGGCUUCAGUCUUCAAGGAGUUUGUUACCACCUAUAAUCGGACAUAUGGGACACAGGAAGAAGCCCAGUGGCGCAUGUCUGUCUUUUCCAACAACAUGGUCCGAGCGCAGAAGAUCCAGGCCCUGGACCGUGGCACAGCUCAGUAUGGGAUCACCAAGUUCAGUGACCUUACAGAGGAGGAGUUCCGCACCAUCUAUCUGAAUCCUCUCCUAAAAGAGAACCGCAACAAGAUGAUGCAUCUAGCCAAAUCCAUUGGUGACCAUGCCCCACCUGAGUGGGACUGGAGGACCAAGGGGGCUGUCACCAACGUCAAGAAUCAGGGCAUGUGUGGCUCCUGCUGGGCCUUCUCAGUCACCGGCAAUGUGGAGGGCCAGUGGUUCCUAAAACAGGGGGACCUGCUCUCCCUCUCUGAGCAGGAGCUCUUGGACUGUGACAAGGUGGACAAGGCCUGCCUGGGUGGCUUGCCCUCCAACGCCUACUUGGCCAUAAAGAAUCUGGGAGGGCUGGAGACAGAGGAUGACUACAGCUACAGUGGCCACUUGCAGACCUGCAGUUUCUCUGCAAAGAAGGCCAAGGUCUACAUCAAUGACUCAGUAGAGCUGAGCCAGAAUGAGCAGAAACUGGCGGCCUGGCUGGCCAAGAAGGGCCCCAUCUCCGUUGCCAUCAAUGCCUUUGGCAUGCAGGUAAGGUCCCUGUCUCUUGCCUGUCUCUUGCUGACUCCUUUCCCACUUCUCCUUGGAGUUGGCUCCCUACUCCUUAUUCUCGCCUCCCCCCCUCCCCGCCCCAGUUCUACCGCCGCGGGAUCUCCCACCCACUGCGGCCCCUCUGCAGCCCCUGGCUCAUCGACCAUGCAGUGCUGCUCGUGGGCUACGGCAACCGCUCUGGCAUCCCCUUCUGGGCCAUCAAGAACAGUUGGGGCACUGACUGGGGUGAGGAGGGUUACUACUACUUGUAUCGUGGGUCCGGGGCCUGUGGCGUGAACGCCAUGGCCAGCUCGGCCGUGGUGAACUGAGGAGCGUCGGCACAGGACCUGGUGCUGACCAGAGCAGCCCCCUCCUCCGCCUGACCUGCGUGUCUAGGCCCCUCCCCAGGAGGCACAGCUGGCUGAGUGAUGGCCACCGGGUUACCUCAGGGUGAGAAGGCACUGGGCUAGGGCAAAACCCCUACCCCUCUCCACGCUACCCCACUCCUACCCUGAAGUUCCCCAGCUGCACCUUUGUAGACUUGUGGUAGCUAGGAGGCUCUUGAGCUGAAGGAUGAUGCCCCUGCAGUUGAUGCUGAGGCAAGAACCUUGGGCUUGGAUAAGGAACGGGUGGGAAGCAAAUAUUCUGGUCUUAAACUCAGCUCUGUCUUCAGCUGGCUCUGGCUUCCUGUCCCGGCUUCCCUCUGUCUGAUGCUAUAAAUUUUCUGGUUCCCCUGGAUUUAGGGACAGUGUUUCCUUCCACAUCUAGAGAAACUCUUGUAACUACCUUUUUCUAACAGCAAUAAAGAGGUGUCCUAGGCCCCA